CGCACACCCCUACACACGCGCACACCACCCACACACACACACACACACACACACACGCAGGAAUACCAAUACCUCACCCGCAUACCCACGCCGAUAGCCACUUUUCCCCUUCCCCUCGUGCGAGCUGCACCUUGAAGACGCCUCAGAUCUCGGCCCUGGACUAUCCCCCGUCUCGCAGGAAAGUCGGCGCUUCAGCGGAGCUCUCGAGCCCUUGGGGCGGUUCUCUAUGGUGAAAAACUCCGCUCGAGAGCCUCGUCAAGGCAAUGACCCUCAUGAUGACCCUUCGCCCCUUCAUUUGUGGCGCUUGCCGCUCGAGCUGCUGUCAUGGAUCCUCAGCUACCUCCAGGUCAGAUCCGUGCUGGCCCUCAAGUGCGCCAACAAACCGCUCAGGAGCCUUCUCAGCCUGAGGGAUGCGUUCGGGGCUGGCGUGUGUCUGAUCGACGAAAGCGCCGUGCUAUCUGGAAGAUGGGCCCACGAGUAUCUGCGGAAGGUACUCAGCGGAUCGCGCAAAUUGCUCGACCAGUUGGCGCACACUGGCAGCGUCAUUGCCGCCAUGGACGGCGACGAGGUCGACCGGCUCCUCGAUCCCUCCAAGAAGACAGCCGCGGCCGGCGGAGCGAAGCAGGAUACUGUUGCUGCGCCGAUAAGCUCGUGUCUGCAGGCGGCACGAGACAUGGGGCAUCUUUUUUUGACGAUGUCCGACCGCCGGCAGCGCAGACAAAAGAAGGCCAAGAACGGGAAAAGAGUGCGUGAUGGUGUCAAGGAUGAUGAUGCCGACGAUGGCCUUGGAGAUUUGGAUGAGACGCCGACCUUCAUGGUGGACAGACGAUUCCCCCAUCUCAGACGAUUCCGGCUAGAGGGAGACAUUUCGACCUGUGCGGCCAUUGGUGAGCUGAAGUGGCAGCUUCCUGUGCUGGAGAAUUUUGCUUUUCGAGAAGUCAGUCAACAGUCAGCAGAAGGCCGCGAGAUGGCCUUGAACAUACCGCUUAUCGUGGGUUUCGAGGCUGUGAGGGGAUUCACCGGCUACCUCUCCAAAUGCCGCGGUUUACGUGAGUUCAGCUUGCACACCGACUCUCCUGACAGCUGCGUGCCACUGGCCUGGCAGCUGCUUGAAGACCUUCCAUCGCUAAAGACUCUGCAGCAUGUCUCGGUCAGCCAUGACGACGUUCCUGAACGGGCACAUCGUGACAGAGGCACUAUCACGUCCGUUACAGAGUGCUGCGCCAGCCUCCUGCCCAACCUGGAGAGCCUCAGGAUCACUCACGUAGACUUUGACGUCUCAUUCGCGAUCGCCCUGACAUCCUUAGUCAAGACAGCAGCCUUCUCGUCGUUCCACUGCGACGUGCUGAGCUUCUACACGCCUUCCCUCAAGUGCGUCCCACCAACAGCGGCAGCAGGGAGAUCGAGCCGGCCAGCGACAGUCGAGGAGCUCUCGUGGAGGGCGCUUGCUAUUGCUGCAGAGACAUGCAGAGACAUCGUCUUGGCAGUCCACCAUCACCCACCAGCAAGAGAGACGCAGACAUCGCAUCCAUGUGGCGAGAGGGAGAGGGACCAGCCCUGUCGCAUCACCUUCAAGCGCGCCCAACGGGUCUUCGUCAACUUUGACACUUGCCGUUUGGAGGGAAUGGACAUUACGCCUGGACUUCCUGUCGUGAGCAUGGAUCUCCCGUACGUCUCAGAGCUGGCACUUACAGGCAAGAGACACGAGCGUCUAUACACCUCCUGUUGCUCCCUGGUUGGCGGACUGUAUUGUGUUGUCAUGCAUGGUUUCAGGCAGCACUGACGCUGUCGACAUGACGACCAACGUCCAGGAGAGUCUACCGCGCCUGCGCGAGCUGCUGGGCCGCCUGCCGACCCUUAAGCGCUUCUUCGGCUAUGACGUCCUGCAGCAAUGUCCAUCGAACUCCCUAGCCAUGCCGCCGCUUAUCCCUAAUCCGCAAUUCCAAGUGCAGCUUCUCCGUGCGAUCCCGUCAGCGCUUAACUGGUGCAUCCUGUCGGGCGGCCGCUGGUCGCUUAGAGAUGUCUUUGCGCUUUUGCUGCAGUCGGCCUUGUGGUGUCCACCAAUCAAGACGCUUGCCGUGCACGCCAGGCCGUUUUUGUGGUGGGACCCGGCCACACCGCGAUUGGUCAACCGUCUCAUGGACACGCCGCUGUUUGCGGGUGUGGAGCGGCUGCUUCUGCUCGACUUGCCUGAGUGCCCUAAAAGAGACCCCAACCCCCUCGCCUGCCUAACCGACAGACACCCACGAAGAAGAGACGAAGAGAGUGAGACGGCAGCUGAAGCGGGGGACCGCCAGCGACCAAGCGAGCCAUCUUCAUCCUCAACCUCGUCAGCUGCAGCAGCAGCUAGUGGUGGUGAUGUUAGUGGUGGUGAUAGUGCUGACUGGACGCCCCUCCGGCGCGAGGGGCGAAGGGAGACGCCUUUAGCUCACAUCGUCCGGACUGUGGUUGAGAGGGGAUUCGACGUGACGCAAACCGCCGAAGGCGAGUUGUCUUCGCUUGCCGAGGUUUUUACCUUUGCAGCGAUCGAUGACCGCUAUUUGCCCCAGGGCUGGCACACAAAGUCGAUUGCAUUGCAGUUCGUCAAGCGCAAUCAGAGGUGAGUCGAGCUUCAUCGCAAGAUGUACAUUAAUGAAUCGGGUCUCUUGUUGGUCUGUUUGUCUUUAUCGCAUGCUGCAGUCAGUGAUGGGACCAGAGAGGCUCUCGUGAAUG